AUGGGCUUGCCACAUUUAGCACUGAAAGACUCCGAAAAGGUGCUCCAAAAAAUGAUAAAUGAAUAUAUAGGUCGCAAGGUUGCAUUAAAGGAUAUGCAGCCCUGUUUGAUAUGCGGCAAACCGAGUACUACAGUAUUGUACAAUAGCUCAGGACCAGAUUGGUUUUACACUUGCGACAUACACCUGAAGGACAAUCCUCAAUUUGUCAUCCCAUUGUAUGGGAAGGACUAUGAAGAUGCAUUAAGCAAAUUGAGGGAGUUGAAGUCUCAACUAAACAACGCUAAAAUUAGUCAAUCUGGUUCCUGGGAUGGUUGGGUAUCCAGCAUAUUUGUUAAAAACAAAAGCAAGGGAAAGGGCAAGGAAAGUGAGAGUGGCAAAACUAGCGAUGCGACAAGCGCUGACAUUGAAUCCGAAACCCAUGAAUCAUCUAAAGAUGUAGCUGAUCCAAUGGAUAAAGUCAAAAAGUUGCAAACCUCGUAUGAAAAUCAGGUCGAUAUGGUCACAGACUUGCAAAGCAAGAAUAAAAGAUAUCAAUUAAGCAAGACCACCUUCGAAAGUAGAGUUUUAAAAAAAAAGAAUGAGCAGAUCGUGGCAGCGAAGCGCAAACGGGAACAAGAAGCCUAUACUCGCACAGACCCCGAGGAGCUUAUGCACAAAUUUUCCUUCCCCACGGUACCCAAGAGUUGA